AGUGAAAAAAAUGUUCAAACUAUCAGCCCUCUCAUUGGCUCUGUCGUAUUUGGCAGUAAAUUUAUCGAAAGUGGAAGCUGUUACGAGUGCUUUAAAAAGACAAACGUUGAUAUUUCAUGAACCACCGGUUGAAAGUAACUUGGAAAGAGCCGAUCAAGUAACAGAGCACUAUAUUACGCAGCGUCUUGACAAUUUCGAUCAUCAAAAUGAACGCACGUUUGAAAUGCGAUACUUAAAAAGUGAUGUUCAUUUCAAAAGUGGAGGACCAGUUUUUAUAAUGAUCGGUGGAGAGUGGCAAAUCAGUCCGGGUCAUAUUUUGCCUGGCCAGCACAUUUAUGAUAUGGCCAAAGAGAAUAAUGGUCUGCUCAUUUAUACUGAACAUCGAUUCUAUGGCAGAACCAGACCAACGAACACAACUUCAACAGAAAAUCUCAAGUAUCUAACCGUUGAACAAUCGUUGGCGGAUUUGGCUCAUUUCGUACGAAAAAUCACAUCCGAUAAAGAAUUGAAUGCGACUGGUGGCGUGAUUGUGGUGGGUGGUUCAUACUCAGCGACAAUGGCAGCCUGGUUUCGCCAGAAAUAUCCACAUUUGGUGAAAGGUGCAUGGGCUUCAAGUGCUCCACUACAGGCAAAAUUGAAUUACUUUGAGUAUACUGAAACUGUUGGAAAGUCGAUUCGAAAAAUUGGAGGCGAUGAGUGCUACAACAACAUCGAAGGGAUUUUCGAAUCGAUUGAAGGCCUUAUUGAUAGCGAAGAUUCGGAUACGAUGGAGAAUUUGUUCGAAAUUUGCGAUGAUUUUGAUAUAAAAAAUAUUCUGGAUGUUUGGAAUUUUAUUUCAUCGGUGAAGAAUAUUUUUUCGGGUUUUGUUCAGGGAUAUAGACCAGGUUUGAUCGAAUACUACUGCAAAGUGUUUGCCACCGAAAAUUCGAAUGCAACAAAUGAUAUUGAAAGUCACGAACUUUAUCCAUUUGCACAAUUAUUCCAACGAAUUUUCCUGCCACCAAGUGAAAAGUGCGUUUCGAUGAACUACGAAGGCGAUCUCAAAGAACUGAAAAAAGACAAUACUUCACUGGCUUUUGCAUUUCGGCCAUGGUUUUAUCAAACUUGCUCGGAAUUCGGAUGGUAUCAAACGACAGAUUCGGAAAACCAACCAUUCGGCUCAAAAUCACCGGUCGAAUUUUAUCUAAGACUUUGCCAAGAUAUUUUCGGCGAUGUAUUCAAAAAUUCAACAUUCGAGAACAACAUCAAUCAUACCAACGAUAUGUAUGGUGGCUUUGAUCCGGCUGUAACAAAUGUGUACUUUACACAUGGUUCGCUUGACCCAUGGCAUCGAAUGGGGGUUUUAAAAGAUUUGAAUGAACAUUCCCCAAGCACCGUUAUUCCAGGUAUUUCACAUUGUCGAGACAUGGGCUCAAUAAAUUAUAGCUUAGACUCGAAACCUUUGAUCAGUUCUAAAGUGAACAUUCAAAAUCUGGUGAAGAAAUGGUUGAAGUAUUAAAAAUGAGACCAUUUAGACAUUUCCACUUGA